GGAGGGAGAGGUUUAGCCGUCGUUAGCUUCCUCUGUCUCCACCGGAGUGGUGCGGCGGCGGCGGCGGAAGGCCGAGGCGGCGAUGGACUUCUGCCCGGCGUGCGGGAUGCUGCUGCAGAUCCAGCCGGCCACCGGCGGGAACCGCAUGCGCUUCUUCUGUCCCACCUGCCCCUACGUCUGCCCCGUCAGAAACAAGAUCGUGAAGAAGGCGAGGUUGGUGAAGAAGGAGGUAGAACCCAUCUUCAGCGGCGACGACGCCAUGAAGCUCGCCCCUAAGACCGCCACUUCAUGCCCAAGGUGCUACAAUGGAGAAGCAUACUUCAAGCAGAUGCAGAUUCGAUCAGCUGAUGAGCCAAUGACUACAUUUUACAAGUGUUGCAACGGAAACUGCCAAUUUCAAUGGAGGGAUGACUGAUCUUACUUAGAGUAUAUUUCUUUGAUCUUGUGUUAGCGGAUAAUUAUCCUGCUAAAAUUAUGCAAUCAUAUGAAGCUUUCGUAAUCAACUUGUGCUGCAGCAAAUAACUUCACAAAAGGAAACCAAUGUACCACAAAAUUGUAAUAUUUUGUUGAAGGGGUGCCUAAAAUCCCUACCGAUCA